AAAAACGGCAUUAAUGUCAUUCUAAUCAGAUAGGUUCAGAUAGAUUUUAGUAAAUACAUAUAAGAAAGGAUACAAAAACUAUGGCAAGAAUGGAAGUAAUCGUAGAUGGUUUACAAGACAAUCCAUGCUGCCAUCAUGGUCCAACGGUGCUGUUUCGUAAAACCGAUCUAAAUAAUGUUACUAUUGAAAAAUACUACGCUUGUACUGCAAGCCGCGAUGGGAAAUGCCCAUUUAAAGUAACAGCUAGCAAAAUUGGAGCUUUUCAAAACGGAAUCCUGCACAAUGAAGCUGAAAGAGACAAUUUUACGGAAAAGUAUGAUGAGAUUCGCAACGAACCCGUUUCUCUAAAAGUAUACUGUAUACAGUGCCAACAGCUGCUGUUGAAAUCCAGAUUAAAAGGUCACGAAAAUCAUAAAUUGUUUGAUAAACUCUCAGAUGAUAUUUUACGACAACCCACACGAUUUCUGGCACCGUUAAGCAUGGAUGGGAACGAAGCACAAUAUUUUUUCAGUGAUUCUACAUUGACAUGCCUGGAAACCAUUCUUAAAGAACUUAAAAUAACAAAAGUUAUUUGUAUGGGAGCUCCAAGACUUCAUGAGCAUCUGCUUUCGAGGACUGAUAUCCAGUCUUUAUUAUUGGACAUUGACAAUCGCUUUCAUUGGUUCUAUGAUGAAUCUUUCUAUUUACAUUACAAUAUGUUCAAUCACUUCUUUUUCAAUCGAAAAAGAGCAGAAAGCAUUUUUAACAAUUUUUUAAUGACAAAUGGUUCAACCGAUCAGAUCUGUAUCUUCACUGAUCCACCGUUCGGCUGCCGAACAGAGCUGCUCGCGAACACUAUUCGUAGAAUAAAUCAGCUAUACAAUGUCAUCAACCAAUUUACUCAGCAAAUUUUACCAUCGUUUUGGAUCUUUCCAUAUUUUAUGGAGACCUACAUACAAAAUGAAUUGCCUUCCAUGGAAAUGUCAGACUAUCAAGUCAAUUACACUAAUCACCGUACUUAUCACAACGGCGAAAAAAGUUUGAAAAAUGGAUCACCUGUCCGUAUUUUUACCAAUAUACCAUUGGAUACAUUUCAUCUGCCAUCUAAAGAGGGCUACAAAUGGUGCUCAGAAUGCCAUAAAAGUGUACAUAAAACUAACCAGCAUUGCUUUAAGUGUGGAAAAUGUGCGUCGAAAAACGGUGCAACUUACCACCAUUGUACCAAAUGUAACUGGUGUGUAAAACCAAACUACAAGCACUGUAAUACAUGUGGUCGAUGUACACAGGUACAAGGACAUAUAUGUUCUUCCUAUAAGAAACAACUAACAUGUCGCAUUUGCUUGAAGAAAGGACAUGCGGAAAACGAAUGUACUAUUUGGCGGUCUUUUAAAAUCAACAAAAUGGCGAAAACGGGAUGUAUGGUAUGCGGCAGCAAACAUCAUACUGUUAAUGCUUGUGAGAAGCGAAAACGGAUACUUGAGGAGAGAUAUUUCCUCGGACGUUAUUAUAAUGCAAUAAACUGCGCCAAAUAA